AUGAGAACUUUCAUCGUGUCCACUCUUUUGGCCUCCGCCAUGGCCGCUCCAUCCGGCUUCCACAAGCACCACCACCACCAGAACGAGGCUAGAGCCGUCGUGACUACUUUCAGAACCGUCACUGUUGGUGGUAACGGUGAGGUGAAGGGUGCUAUCGAGACCUCCUCGGCCUCCUCUGACUCCGUCACCACCUCCGCUUCCACCGUCACCACUUCCUCCUCGUCGUCUUCCUCGUCUUCCCCAUCUUCCUCGAGCGCUUCUUCUGCCUCGUCUUCCUCGUCGUCCUCGAAGACCAGCUCCACCGCUUCCUCCAGCCCAUCUUCCGGUGGCUCUGGCGGUAUCAACGGUGACCUUUCCCUCUUCUCCGACCCAACUGAGAAGUUCGAGGACGGUGUCCACGACUGUGACUCCUUGCCAACCGGUCAGGGUGUCAUUGAGGUUGACUGGCUUUCCGAGCUCAAGGGUGGUUUCACCACCAUCAUGAACCUGAACGGUGACACCUCCUUCACCUGUAAGGACGGCUACUACUGUUCUUACGCUUGUCAGGCUGGUAUGUCCAAGACCCAGUGGCCUUCUGAGCAGCCAUCUAACGGUAUCUCCGUUGGUGGUUUGUACUGUAAGAACGGCAAGUUGUACAGAUCCAACAAGGACAAGGACUACUUGUGUGAAUGGGGUUACAAGGGUACCAACUUUGUCUCCAAGAUUGACAAGGACGUCGCCAUCUGCAGAACUGACUACCCUGGUUCCGAGAACAUGAACAUCCCAACCUUGUUGGAGGCUGGUAAGUCUGCUCCUGUCUCCGUUGUCGACUCCGACAAGUACUACAUGUGGAAGGGUGGCAGAUCCUCUACUCAGUACUACGUCAACAACGCUGGUGUUUCUGUUGAGAAGGGUUGUAUCUGGGGUACCGCCGGCUCUGGUGUCGGUAACUGGGCUCCUGUUGUCUUGGGUGCUGGUAACACUGGCGGCAAGACCUACUUGUCUUUGAUUCCUAACCCUAACAACAAGGAUGCUCCUAACUACAGCAUCAAGAUCCAGGGUGCCAACGGUGCCAGCACUGUCGGCUCUUGUUCCUACGAAGACGGCAACUACAAGGGCGGUCACGGCUCUGACGGUUGUACGCUCACCGUUGACGAAGGUGACGCCGAGUUUGUCUUCUACUAA